AUGGAGAGCUUGUACGGCGGUGGAGGUGGCGGUGGAGGUGGCGGAAUGGGAGGGAAUUUUCAUCCUUAUGACAUGAGUGGAAACGGUGGUGGGGUUAUGAUGACAAGGGAUCCAAAGCCAAGGCUGAGAUGGACUGCUGAUCUUCAUGAACGGUUUGUUGAUGCUGUUACAAAGCUUGGUGGCCCUGACAAAGCGACUCCAAAGUCAGUCUUGAGGGUUAUGGGCUUAAAAGGGUUGACAUUAUAUCAUCUAAAGAGUCAUUUACAGAAGUACAGACUUGGACAGCAGGGCAAGAAGCAGAACACAUCGGAGCAAAGCAAAGAAAACAGUAGCGACUCCUUUGGUCAUUACAACAUCAGCGCCUCAGGCUCGAAAUCUGUUUCCUCAAGAACUGAUGCUGAUCAAAGAGACAGCACGAUUUCGGAGGCAAUAGUGAGUCAAAUUGAAGUGCAUAAAAGAUUGCAAGAGCAGCUUGAGGUGCAAAAGAAAUUACAGAUGAGAAUAGAAGCUCAAGGAAAAUACUUACAAUCCAUAUUAGAGAAAGCACAGAAAAGCCUUACACUGGGAGUAAACAAUCCCACCAAUUUGGAGACAACAAAAGCUCAGCUCUCAGAGUUCAAUCUAGCUCUGUCAAGCUUCAUUGAGAAUGUGAAUGUGGAAAGCAAUCCAAAUAGCAUGAUGAUAGAUGGGAAUGGCAUGAAUAGGAAAAUGUCAGAGUCUAAUUUCUUAGGGGUACAUGAUGAUCAUGAAGAUAAAAAAGAUAUCAAACUUAGUCUAGAAGGGGCUUCCAUAAAUUUUGAUUUAAAUACCAGAAGUAGCUAUGACUUUAUUGGGCAUUAA